AGACCAAUAUUUGUGAGUCUGAGGUCAAAUUUUGAUCACAACUCGUACAAUUUUGUUUAUUAUACUUGUUAAUAUUUGUUUUAUGAAUCAUGAUUGGACAAAGUUUUUAAAAACAAAAGAUCUUCCUUUCAUAUAUAAACCUGUUAUGUUAAUUUCGAUUAAUUUCCCUGAAGAAGUUCGGACCAGAUUGACGAACGAAACGUUGGAAUUACUCAUUUCAAUAUCGCUGAGAUUUUACAAAUAUAAUAUUUUACAAAUGUCUACUUCUCACUCGGCGCCGAAAUAUUAUAGAAGUAUUCUGUCAAAUCUUGACUACAGUUCAUUGGAUUUAUUUUGUAAUCGAAUUAAAUUCACAAAGAAACUAUGUAAUUGGCACAAUCAUCGUGUUUCCACUCUCCGUUGUCUGCACCAGAAUGCCUAUCCUAAAUUCGUAGCUGUCCAGUCACCUGACAACUUCAGUAGGUCGAAUAAUGCAGCUGAAUUUUCAGAAAGAAGACAAAGUAAUAAGUUUGACAGGGUGCUUCAACUCAACUCUAAUCCUAAACACCAUAAUUUUGAAAAUACGUCUAAUCAUAAAAUUCUAGAUACUAACAGUUUGAACAGACAUGAAGGUGUGAUGUUAGAUGACGCAUAGGAAAUCCUGAUUAAAUAAUAAAUAAGAAUGGAUAUGUAUCACUAACUAAUAAGACUUGGUCAAAGUUUCCCGACUGUCUGUCUCUACUUAUGGAGAGGUUAAGAAAAUGUCUUACAACUGUUAAAAAAAACAGCGACACACGCAUGCACACUGUCUUUAAAGUGUUUCACAAAGGUAGACCAAUAUUUGUGAGUCUGAGGUCAAAUUUUGAUCACAACUCGUACAAUUUUGUUUAUUAUACUUGUUAAUAUUUGUUUUAUGAAUCAUGAUUGGACAAAGUUUUUAAAAACAAAAGAUCUUCCUU